CACGUGACUACACAUGGUCAUGUGAUCUUCUGACGUAAGGAGGUCCUUGCAGCGAAAGGGGAACUAGAGCUCCCGGAUGUCACACUGCUGAGCAUCCAUCUGCUGAACUGACGCUGCACACCUCGCCGGCCGCUCUGCUGCACUCAUGUGACUUGGCUGCAUUGAGAGCACUCACCUCUUAGCUGAAAGCAUGGCACUCAACGUAGGAAAUGGAUCCAAGACUCCCACAGAUAACGACAAGGCCAGAAAAGUGGCCCUUAUCACAGGCAUCACCGGACAGGAUGGCUCUUAUUUGGCUGAGUUUCUACUGGAAAAGGGCUACGAGGUGCAUGGCAUUGUACGUCGAUCAAGCUCUUUCAACACUGGGAGGAUUGAGCAUCUCUACAAGAAUCCACAAGCUCAUAUAGAAGGAAACAUGAAGUUGCACUAUGGGGAUCUGACUGAUAGUACGUGUUUAGUGAAAAUAAUUAAUGAAGUAAAACCUACAGAAAUAUAUAACCUGGGAGCACAGAGUCAUGUAAAGAUCUCCUUUGACCUGGCAGAGUACACAGCAGAUGUUGAUGGUGUUGGCACAUUACGUCUUCUUGACGCUGUAAAAACCUGUGGCCUUAUUGAGACUGUGAAGUUUUAUCAAGCCUCAACCAGUGAACUGUAUGGCAAAGUACAGGAAAUCCCACAGAAGGAGACCACUCCAUUUUAUCCUCGCUCUCCAUAUGGUGCUGCCAAACUCUAUGCCUACUGGAUUGUGGUUAAUUUCAGAGAAGCCUACAAUCUGUUUGCAGUUAACGGGAUUCUUUUCAACCAUGAGAGCCCACGUAGAGGGGCAAAUUUUGUAACUCGAAAAAUUAGCCGUUCAGUAGCUAAGAUUCACCUCGGACAGAUGGAGUGCUUCAGCCUUGGAAAUCUGGAUGCCAAGAGAGAUUGGGGUCAUGCCAAGGACUACGUUGAGGCUAUGUGGUUGAUGCUGCAAACAGAUGAGCCUGAAGACUUUGUGAUAUCUACAGGGGAGGUCCACAGUGUUCGUGAGUUUGUGGAGAAAGCUUUCAAGCACAUCGAGAAAACCAUAGUGUGGGAGGGCAAGAAUGAAAAUGAAGUGGGCCGCUGCAGUGAGACUGGAAAAGUCCAUGUGAAAGUUGAUCAUAAGUACUACAGACCCACUGAAGUCGACUUUCUCCAAGGAGACUGCAGCAAGGCAAAGCAGAAGCUAGGCUGGGCACCAAAGGUCCCAUUUGAUGAACUAGUAAAAGAGAUGGUGGAAGCAGAUCUCUGUCUGAUGAAAACCAAUCCCAAUGCCUAAAGUAGCCGUUGGCCUGAACCUUUCCGAAUCAAUAAGGCGGCUUGUUAAAUCACUCCAUCCAGUCAGUCCUUACAUAUAGAUAAAGAUAUAUUUCAAAGUAUAUUUGUUUUCUUGCCUGUGCACAUAUAACUGAUAUACAGUGCUCGCAGGCAUUUCCCUUUUUUUUUUUAUUGUAGCAAAAUGUUGUUGAGGUUUUUAUUAUGUUUUCCUGUUAAUGUUGGGUUUCUUUUGCUAUUCAUCCUUCUGCCAUUAAAAGUAAUUUUACCAUGAUUGUUCUGGACUCAAAAAUACAAAUCAUGUUUUCUUUUUCUAUUGCUUUCACAUUUGUUCUUUCUUAAUAAACUGCA